GUUUAUUUCUCUCUAUUCGUUUUUUCUGGUCUCAUCUCUCUCUCUGCUAUCUCUCUAUCCCUCUCUCUCUCUGUGAUCUGGGGAAAAGGAAUGCCUAUUUAUGACCUAGACUCGCUGGAUAAAUUAUUCGAGGGUUGAUGGAGUGCUUCUGACACUCUGCUUGCUCAGGGUUGGGCAAAUAUAAUUUAUUCAAUUUUUAUUUUGAACCUUAGUGGUUUAGGUCUCGCAUGGGUUGCCUCAGUGGCUAAAAUGGUGGAGAUAAACAAACAGGGGGCGUGAUCUCAUUCAUUGAGCUGGUAUCAAGAGAAAUUGGAUAGGCUUUUGUGUAAUGUUGAUGAAGAUCGGUGACAGAGAGGAGGAAAAACAGCUGAGCAAAAAUGCAUUUUGCAAAACUAGACGAUUCUCCCAUGUUCAGGAAACAAAUCCAAUCAUUAGAAGAAAGUGCAGAGUCUCUAAGGGAGAGGAGCUUAAAGUUUUAUAAAGGAUGUCGAAAAUAUACGGAAGGCCUUGGAGAAGCAUAUGAUGGAGAUAUUGCUUUAGCCAGCGCUCUUGAGAUGUUUGGGGGAGGUCAUAAUGAUCCAAUUAGUGUAGCUUUUGGAGGGCCUGUUAUGACUAAAUUUACAAUUGCUUUGAGAGAGAUUGGUACAUACAAAGAAGUUCUUCGGUCCCAGGUGGAGCACAUGCUGAAUGACAGGUUGCUACAAUUUGUGAACGUUGAUUUGCAAGAUGUCAAGGAAGCUAGGAAGCGAUUUGACAAGGCUAGCCUUCUUUAUGAUCAGGCUAGGGAAAAGUUUCUGUCUCUGAAGAAAGGUACAAAGGUGGAUGUUGUUGCUGUGACAGAGGAGGAAAUGCACAAUGCCAGGGCAUCAUUUGAGCAGUCCCGCUUCCAUCUAGUAACUGCUCUUUCAAAUGUUGAGGCAAAAAAAAGAUUUGAAUUCUUGGAGGCUGUCAGUGGAACCAUGGAUGCCCAUCUGCGUUAUUUUAAACAAGGCUAUGAGUUAUUGCAUCAGAUGGAGCCCUAUAUCCAUCAGGUGUUGACUUAUGCCCAACAAUCAAGGGAAAGAUCCAAUUAUGAACAGGCAGCUCUUGCAGAGAGAAUGCAAGAGUAUAAGAGGCAGAUUGAUAGAGAAAGUCGGUGGUCUUCGAAUGGUUCGCAGGGUUCUCCUAAUGGUGAUGGUAUUCAAGCCAUUGGUAGAAGUUCACACAAAAUGAUUGAAGCAGUCAUGCAGUCAGCUGCCAAGGGGAAGGUUCAAACUAUUAGGCAAGGUUAUUUAUCGAAACGCUCCUCAAAUUUGAGAGGUGACUGGAAGCGGAGGUUUUUUGUUCUUGACAGUCGAGGAAUGCUGUACUACUAUCGCAAACAAUGGUCCAGGCCAUCUGGCAGUGGAAGCCAAAAUUCAAAUCAGAGGGGUCAUGGCUCUGAAGGUGGUUCUGGACUGUUAAGCAGAUGGCUUUCCUCUCAUUACCAUGGUGGUGUGCAUGAUGAGAAAUCUGUCGCACAUCAUACUGUAAACCUGCUAACAUCAACAAUUAAAGUUGAUGCAGAACAGUCAGACUUGAGAUUUUGCUUUAGAAUUAUUUCACCUUCAAAAAAUUACACCUUGCAGGCAGAGAGUGCACUGGAUCAAAUGGAUUGGAUUGAAAAGAUAACUGGAGUAAUUGCUUCCUUGCUGAGUGCUCAGUCACCUGAAAAGAGACUGUCUUCUAGCCCACUGAGCAGUGGACACCACCGUGCUAAUAGUGAGAGUAGUUCUUUUGGGAGUUCUACAGAUCUUGAGCACUCGACUGUGGAAGAGUGUAGUUCCGAAAGGAAUUUAAUAACAGGGCAUCUUGAACGCUCUUCCAGAAGUGGCCAACAGCAUCGUUCGAGCGUAAAACAUGAGAAGCCACUUGAAAUUCUUAGGAAAGUUGAUGGAAAUGACAGGUGUGCGGAUUGUGGUGCUCCAGAGCCAGAUUGGGCAUCCUUAAACCUUGGUGUUUUACUUUGCAUUGAGUGUUCUGGAGUCCAUCGUAAUCUGGGUGUGCAUAUAUCUAAGGUAAGGUCUUUGACGCUUGAUGUUAAGGUGUGGGAGUCUUCUGUGAUAAAUUUAUUCCAGUCACUUGGUAAUGCAUUUGCAAACUCAGUAUGGGAGGAAUUGCUGGGGUCCACAAAUAAUUUGAAAGGCGAUGGAACCCCUACGAGUUUUGGUAGGAUAGAGAAAAGACCUCACCGGACUCUCAGCAAACCCCAUCAUACGGAUUCCAUUUCAGUAAAGGAAAAAUUCAUUCAUGCAAAGUAUGCAGAAAAAAUGUUUGUUCGUAAGGCCAUCACAGAUCAGCAUAUGCCUCACAUGGCUCAGCAGAUGUGGGAUAGCGUUCAUGCCAAUGACAAACAAACAGUUUACCGCCUCAUUGUAGAUUCAGGUGCCUUUGUAAAUGCUGUUAGGGGUCUGGCACCAUUAAACUCAUCGAUUACCCUAGCAAGAGCAAUGCAUUUGCAUGAGCAACAGGGCUUAGUUCCCGAUGACAAUAGUCACUGUUUGUUUGUGGGGAAUGAUAGAAUAAAGGACUCAGACUCAGUGGGAACAAGCAAGGAAUAUGUCUGCGAGGUUGAGCAAGGUUUAGAGGGCUGCAGCUUGCUUCAUUUGGCUUGCCAAAAUGCAGACAUUGGCAUGAUCGAGCUUCUAUUGCAGUAUGGUGCUCAAGUGAAUGUUCAGGAUUGGAAGGGGUGGACCCCACUUCACCAUUGCCUCCUCAAGGGAAGGAAUAUGUUUGCAAAACUGCUACUCUCAAGGGGAGCCAAUCCAAGAGCCACUGAUAGAGAAGGUAAGACUCCCUUACAACUAGGGUUAGAAACGGGAACCAUGAAUGAUGAAGAGCUUUUUGUCAUGUUAUCAGAUCCUAACAGAUAGCAAUGCAAGGCCCAAAUGUAGAAAGAUUGCCUCUUAAACAAAAAGGUAGAGAUCUAGAAUUAAUACAGUUUGGUGGCUUGAGUAUGCAGAUAUAGUUAUAGAGGUCAUGGGCCUCCCAAUUUACCAUGGUAUCCCUACAUAUACCAUAUUAUAAAUUUCACUGUACCAUCUGGCUUGCAGCAUGAGCUUGGUUGGAAGGAUUGACCUGCCCUAUUUUCGGGUCGCUGUGAUGUAGUAAUCUAUUAUGCCCGGUUUGAUUGUGGUGUGUCCAAUGUAAUGUCUCUAUGCUUUUUGGUCAUUGGCAUGGUGAUUGGGUUUAGGGAGAAGUGGUCUGAUCUAUAUUGUGCAGAAUUUUUGUUUGGUUUUUGAGGGAGUAUUGUUGCUUGUGUCUGAGAGGGACUCCUUGAUGUACAUUAUAGAGGGAAUAUUUAUGACGGUUGAUGGAUAUUUGGUAGAAAUUCUCUUUCCCAUUC